UACCCACCCAACUUCUUCUCCCCAUCGUUGCAUCGGUUCCCUUGAACCAAACCAAAACGGCAAAACCAAAUCUAUUUCUCUGUUCACAUUUUGUGUCGACUCGACUCGACUCUUCUAUUUAAUACUCGUACGAGGUACAAACAACACAACACCUUCUGACUCUGUCCCUUUCUCUCUCUCAAACUAAAAACUAAAACCCAUUUUCUUCUCCAAAACCUUCGACUUUCUUUUCUCUAACCGAAACGCGCUUCGCAGCACUUCUUCUCCACUCUCUCACAUCUCUGACCCAUUGCGCUAUAUUUACGCACUGUGUCAAAUUCCCCCAUAAAACCGGUAUUGAUUCUCCCUCAGAUCAAAAUAGAGUUCUGAGAGGUAGCAGUGUUACUGGCAAUGAAAAAUCUUCUGUAGCUUCUAUUCCGCACUCGAAAUUGCAUUGUGACAUGGAGGCUCAAAUUCAUCUACUUGAACAGGAAGCUUACUCUGCUGUCUUGCGUGCUUUCAAAGCUCAGUCCGAUGCUCUUACUUGGGAGAAGGAAGGUUUGAUAACUGAGCUUAGAAAAGAGUUGAGGGUUUCAGAUGAUGAACACAGAGAGCUUCUUACCAGGGUUAACUCUGAUGAAAUAAUUCACCGCAUUAGGGAGUGGAGACAAACUGGCUGUUACCAACCUGCAAGGCGCAGCACAUCUCAGCCUGGUCAUGACAUUUUACCUAGUCCAACUGUUUCAGCUUCCCGAAAAAAGCAGAAGACAUCCCAUUCGGGUCAAUCAUUGCCUGCUUUAUCUUCAGUGAAGUCUGUACAGUAUACUUCUGCUGGACCUACUGGCGGCAGGCAUUUUGCAAAUCGCAGUUCUAGUGCUCUUGCGUCUAAUGUGCCUGCUGAAGCAGCUGCCUUUGAUCCAUUGAUUGGGAAGAAAGUUUGGACUAGGUGGCCUGAAGAUAACCACUUCUAUGAGGCUGUUGUAACUGAUUACAACCCUGCUGAUAUCUCACCUGAGGAUAUAAGAUGGGAAGGCGAAGAUCCUGGUGUACUCCAUCGAGGUGGACAUGGUGGGCAAGGUCGUGGAGGUAGGAAAUUCUUUGGCCAUGGUGGCGAUUCUUUAGGUGCAGGAAGAGGGAGAGGUCAUCCCAGGUUUCAGGCCAGACAAGAAUUUCUUCCACCUCAAAAUGGUAUUGGAAGGCGAGUUUUGGAUGACAUUGAGUUGCUGAACACAGAUUCACUAGUUAAGGAGGUAGAAAGGAUUUUUGCUUCAAGUCCUCCAGAUUCAAUGGAGCUUGAGAAGGCAAAGCAAAUGCUGAAAGAGCAUGAGCAAGCACUUGUUGACGCCAUUGCAAGGAUUGCAGAUGCAUCUGAUGGUGAAAGUGAUGGAGAACAGCCGUUCUUGCAGCAUGGUCAAUUAAUGGAAAGGGGAUGAGAGCACAGGAACCAACUGCAUGUUGGAGGAAAUCUGUCUUUGGAGCUGAAGUCUCAUGGGAGUCCAAUUUUGGUUGAAUUCAUAGUCCACCUAUAUGCACUUGUAGGAUCCAACAGCAGCAAAUGGCCGAGAUGGUCUUCUUACUGAUGCAUUUUGUCAUUUAUUUCUUUCCCUUCCUGACUGUUGCCACAUGUGCGAGUUUUGUGCUCAGUGACGAUUUUGAAUAUAGAGCUUCAAUAUAUCACUUGUCGGGCACAUCAAUUUUUUAGUCUGCAUGUAAAAUACCAUAAAUUAAUUUAUUUUUACCAAUGGAAACUCAACGAAAAAUGAAAACAAAUGGGUUGAU